GUCACUGCAGCGCCGUGGGAGUUCUUCAAUCACACACAAGGAGGAUAUGAUGUAUAACAGUGAAAGGAACGCAUGCAUGGAACCGGCGUUGAUGAUAUCGGAGUAACGGUCCGGGUUCCUCUGCAGCACACACUUUGUGUAGUUUGCCGGAGGAGCUUCAAGCUUUAGGUGAUGUGGGAAAGCCUCGGGGACAUUAUUGCGCUGGAGGCGAGUUCACACUCACGGCGCCAAAGAUCAAGAUGAGUGUUUGCUGGAUGUUCAUCAUCCUCCUGGGCUGCAAGUUCUCUCAUACCGCUCUGUCUCAGAGCACAUGUAACUGCAACGAGCAAAUGAAAACUCUCUGUGUAUCCGUGCAUGUGCCGUGCCCAAAUGUGACCGCUCACACGAUGAAUUUCAACCUUUUCAAGGACCAGGAAGUGAUAUCCGCCGGUGGAUGCAACAGAGACAACAAUACACUGAAAUGUUCGCAAACAAUCAAAAGGGAGGGCGUAACACUGGAUGAGCAGCAUGAACCGGUCAGCUUCCUUCUCACUGGAGUGACUGACAGUAGCUAUGGAAUAUACAGGUGUGAGAGCACAAUCACAUUACCUCCACCCUUUCGAAAAGUGCCAAGCACUUUGAGGAUCCAGGUAAUUGCAGAAGGACACAUUUGCAAUAGCAACCAAAACAGCAGCAGCCUGUAUGAGAAUCCGAGCCCUCGAUUUGCCUGGAUUUGGAUUCUGGUGAUUAUACUUCUCAGCAUCUACAGCAUCAUUGCCACCAUCAUCGCCUUUACCAACUGGGUCAAGCUGAGGAAGAUGGACUCGCAGAGUGAUUACAUGAACACCAAACCCAGGGCGCCGAGGGAGCGCAGGAAGAAGAAAGGGGUUCAGAACCCUAUACCACGACACUUCUGAUUUCUCAUGCAUCGGCUGACCAUUUGCACAGCUAACCCCCACCCCCCACUAAUUUAGAUGUGAACAGACGGGACGUCCUUGUAGGAGCUCACUCUGGACAUAAGAUUAUUGUGAGUGAGGCUUUGUGAGUUCAUGUAGUUGUUGUCUUGUGUGUACACAGCAAAAGUAGCAGAGUCUUUUACAUUUGUGGUUGUAUUAAACAAUAAAAAAAAAGAAAAAGAAAAGAAAAAAACAUCUCUGACAGUUCUGGUUUUGCUUGCUUCCUGUUUCACUCCAUCACGGUCUCUGCCUGUUACACACACACAUUUUCUAGAUGGAACCCCUAUCUCUGUGGUCGAAACAGAGGGUGGUGUAUGAAAGAGGGGAUUUCAACCACAAAGGGUAAAUCUUUGUAGUAUCAUGUGGGUAACGGUUCACUAUUUU